AGCCAUCGACUCCCCAGCCUGCCUGCCUGCCUGCCGUCACCAAGAAGCCCAAACCGGACUCCAUACUUCUGACCCAUACACGCCACAUGUACUCCUAAUUUUGCCGGAGGGAAAAAAAAGUUCCACUUGAAAAGUACAACAGGCAGCAGUGACUCCAGUUAGCUGCCCCGGAGAAGUUUUUUCUUCUUCUUUUACCCCCAGUUUUUGGCCCCGCGGCGGGGCAGGACAGACGGGACGGGCCUGGGGGGGAAAGGAGAGCGUAUGAUGUGGAUCUGGUACCUUCUGCUUGGUUCGGGGUCAGGCUCAAGAACUGUUGAGAGCCAGCUGCUCCCAGGGAACAACUUCACCACAGAGUGCAACAUCCCUGGAAACUUCAUGUGUGGAGAUGGGAAGUGUGUCCCGGGCGGGUGGCAGUGUGACGGAUUGCCGGACUGCUUUGACAAGAGUGACGAGAAAGGCUGCCCUAAAGUCAAGUCAAAGUGCGCUCCUACAUUCUUCGCAUGUGCCAACGGGGUCCACUGCAUCAUCGGACGCUUCCGAUGUAACGGCUUCAGUGACUGUCCUGAUGGGAGUGAUGAGGAAAACUGCACAGGAAACCCACUGGUGUGCUCAGACACUCGCUUCAAGUGUCGAAAUGGCCGUUGUGUAGACCGCAGCUUCUUAUGUAAUGGCCAGGACAACUGUCAGGAUAACAGUGAUGAGGAGCUCUGCCCUACUACAGCAGAAGCUCCUGGGCAGAACUAUGUGACACUGGACUAUCGUCUGCGGUACUACCCAAGCAUCACUUAUGCUGUCAUUGGCAGUGCCGUCAUCUUCGUCUUGGUGGUGGCAUUGCUGGCCUUGGUGCUCCAUCACCAGAGGAAACGGAGCGUUCUGCUGCCCAGAGGCGUAAGAGGAAGCCUGCAUCACCACCAUCACCACCAGCCCCUGCUUCUGUCCCGUUUGGUCAUCUUGGACCGAGGCCACGUCCAUCCUGGAGGUCCAGGUAUAUCCCCCGGUUCCCCCACCACAGCCGCCCAGUACAGUUCAACUCCUCAGGCGCUGCAGCUGCUGUCUGGGGCCCUGUAUCCCUCCGGACUCUCCAUGGACUCACCUCCAUCAUACUCACAAGCUGUUCUGGAUGUCAGCCGGCCUCCCUGGUUUGAUCUCCCUCCUCCUCCUUACCUCCCAGAUGGGGACCUUCCUUCAGAGGGUGAGCUGCCUCAGUACGAGGCCACACAAGAUCCUUUGAGCCAGCCCACACCCAGAACUGUGGCUUCGGGCACGCAGCCGAGUUCGAACUCCAGAGAGGAGUCGGACCAGCUGUAGGGGUUCUCUUGAAGACUGUUGAUAUAUAGAACUGAGAGACUGAAGGACCAGGCUGCAGGGCCGCUUGAGGCCAGGACAGUCCACAGCAUUGACCUGCUGAGGAGAAUCAGCGGGGACGAAGAGGCUGCUUUGGCUUACUGAAGCACUGGACUAAGACUAGCUCAUCCUGCUAGACUGAUCUUGUAUGCUGGCUCCACCUGCUGGAGUCAUGGCUGCACUACACCUUCAUCC